GACAUUUUCUUGUGUCUAUUAUUAACCUAAUAACGCUAAAAAAAUAUGGCUCUUGAUUAAAAUGAUCUAAAUUAUAAUAAAACGGUAUUCAUAUUCUGUCUUUUCUAACUGCAAUUACAUCAUUAAUUUUAUAGUAUUGGUAGACGUAACACUAUUUGAUUGAAUUAUGUCGUAUUAUUUAAUUAUCACUAUAGUUUUUAUUGCAAUUUGUAAAGGCGAAAUUGAAAUAAGUGUUAAACUUGGCUCUUCAAAGGAUAAUUGUAGUAUUUCAUUUACUGGUGCUCAUAAAGUUCUAGCCAGUGGCUAUGAUUUGGCUCGAUUUAAUAUCACUGAGAACAGAAUGAAGCAAGGAAUCAAAAUACUUUUUGGCAAAACACCUGACGACGUAUUCCUUAAAGAUCCUACGUAUUUUAAUAAUGUGUUUAGGGAUCAUCAUUGGGAGGAAGUAACAAGAACCACAAAGGUAAAAAAGAUUGAAAUUCUAAAUAUUUUUAGUAAAAAUGUCAUCUUGAAAACGGUAAAUCACAUUAAUAAUACGAGUAUAAAAAUACAAGCCAAAAUUAGACUAUUUGAUACAAUUGAAACGAGCGUUGUGUCAACAUGGCACGAAAAUACGUAUCCAGCAAAUAUAAUGUACAAUAUUAGUUUUAAUAUUGGAUCUCAACGUUUUAACUUGUCGAAGAAAUGGAAUGAGAAUGUAACUAAUAAUAUGUGGUUGAAUUUUGGAAGCCGCAAAAAAGGUUACAUACCCUUGGAACCGGGAAAUAUUGUAACAAAAAUCUUAUCUGCGAAAAAAACAACAGUUAUUUUACGGAUCAAGUAUAUAACAAGUCUUACUGGGUGUGUAUUUGCGAAUUAUAGUCGUGUUUAUGGACAAUAUCACUUUUGGGCGCCAUUUAUCCAUGACAUAAUGAAAUCGAUAAAAAUGAAAAACGAAAUAAUCUCUACUGAACUUUUAGAAAUACAAUGCUAUACGGACCCUCAGUUGACUUUUUUGGAUAAGGAAACAAAACGACAGUGAAGUAGUUAUUUAUCUUAAUUAAUUUAAACAAACAUUACCUUAGUGUCAAAUCAAGUUACCUAUGAAAUAGAUUUUCUUCAAAUUG